AGCGGGUGAUGCGGUGGAUGGAAUUCAGUUUACAUAUCUAGUAAAAAAUGGAGAGGAUUUACGGGAAAUUAAUGGAACACGAUGUGGAGGCACUGGUGGCACAAGACAUACCAUUGAGUUAAAAAAAGGAGAAUAUUUAACUAAUAUAGAGGUGCAAUACGGAGAAAAUAAUUAUUAUAUUGGAGGGUUAAGAUUAGAUACUUAUAAUGCUCAAACCGGCAAGCGAGAAACUUAUACCUAUGGAAGAACAGGGGAUAAAAAAUCUCAAUUAUCAGUUAAAAAUGAAGUGUACGCAGCAUGUCUUUUUGGAAGAAGCGGUAGUUGUGUAGAUGCUAUUGGUAUACAACGAUCAUUGCAAAAUCAACCGCAAUUACUUUACCUUGAACAAGAUAAAAUGGUUGAAUUUAUUAACAUUAGUAAUCAAAAUCUAGCAGGAGAAUUAAAUCUAAGCGAUUUCAUUAACUUAGAAAAACUAAAUUGUUCUAAUAACCGACUAACUUCUUUAAACCUGAGUCGGCAAAAAAAGUUAAAAGAAUUAAACCUUAGGCGUAAUAAUUUCACUAGUUUAGAUUUAAAAGAAAUUGAAUGCCAAGGAGAAAUAAAAAAAGAAUUAGCUCUUUAUGGAAAUAAUUUGUUGGUGUGGCAAGAAACUCAUCCAGAAUUAGUGAAAAAAGUUGGCAAAAAGCCAAUUAUUAAUGCUUAUGAAAAUGCUUUUUUGGAGACCUUUACUACCGCUCCCGAAUAUUUAGAAGAAGAAUUAAACAAAGUUCAAGAAAACAUCACUAAUUAUAACCUUUCUAAUUUAGGCUAUGAUAACUUUGCUUUGCAAGAUUAUCGUCCUUUGAGAACUGAUUGGGAGAAAGAUAGCAGAAGUUAUGGGCAAGAUUAUGAAACUGAUUUAACAAAAUUAGGUCGUAAAGCCUUAAAUAAGCAAGGUGAAGAAGUUAAGAAACAAAAGCAAUAUUAUAAUAAUUCUAUUGCCACUUUAAUUGCGAUUGAUGCUGAAAUUGGCAAAGUGGAUAAGAAAAAUCAGUUUGAUGGAUGGAAGAGUCUUAGCUCAGUUUUGGGGAGUUAUGGAGCUCAGCGAGACCAAGCGGUUAAUUUAGGAUUAAUUCAGGCUUUAGAGGCGGUUAAACAUCGUCGGCAAACAGUGCCAAUUGAUGGCAUUUAUUCCAUUUUAGGUCUAUUGCCAUAUAGUAAGGAGGUGGAGGUUAGUUAUUCUAAGUCUUCCGAACAAGCUUUAUUAGAUAUAAUGAAAGUAGCUAAAUUUAAUGGAUUUCAAAAAAUUGAAGCUAAUUCAGAAAGUUUGGAGGUAACUGCCAGAGGGAUAAAGUUGAUUGGUGAAAAAGAUAAUUGGGAUAGAUAUACACGUAUUAUUCCUAAUAGCGACCUGAUAAAGAGUGAUAAAAAAUUCAAUAUUUACAUACCUUAUUCUUAUUUGCCGAUUAAGGUAGAGAAAAAUGGUGAUGAUACUAAAAAGGAAAAUUCAAUAUUUAUUGAUAUGGAAUAUCCAAAAGGUAGCGGUAAAUGCUUAGGGGUAUUUGACCAUGAAAACAAAGGCAAGGUGAGGGGGGGAAUUAUUGAACUCGAACUUUCUCAGAAAGAACUUAGUGGUUUCUUAAGUCUAGUUGGAUUUACCAGUCUCCAAAAACUUAACUGUUCCCACAAUAAAAUUACUAAUUUCGACUUAUCAUCUUGUGAUCAAAUUCUUGAAUUUAAUUGCUCUUCUCAAAUAAAUUCGCAAUUAGAAGAAUUAGACUUGUCCAACUGCCUUGAACUUACUAAACUUAACUGUUCCAAGAAUAAACUUAUUGAACUGAACCUAUCUAACUGCUCUCAACUCAUUGAAAUUGACUGCUAUGAUAAUGAAUUAUUUGAAGCAUUUAAUCCAAAAAACCUUGUUUCUCUCAGUUUAAGCAAUAAUAAUUUAAAGGAGCAAAGUUUAACUGCCCUUGAUAAAUUUACUAAUUUAGAAGAACUUUAUUUGGGUACAGAUAUAAAAAGUAAUAUAAAAAAAGGUAAUUAUAAUCACUUCGUUGGUUCACUAGAACCCUUGAAAAAUUGUGUUGAAUUAAGAAAACUCCAAAUUGAGGGUACUGACCUUGAAAAAGGGAUUGACAAUUUACAAGGAGAAAGUUUGGUGAAGUAUCUGGUAAAAAAAAUUGCUAAGUUAGAGGAUAGAGUUCAGCAAACGGAAGAGACAGUUAGCGAGUUAAAAAAGCAAAUAAAAAAUGGAGCAGAAGGAGGAAUAGAAAUUGAAAGACAAACCGAAGAAAGAAGAACUUAUCGUGAAAAAAUAAGCAUUAAUGUAAGUUCUGGCUCGGGACUUCCUACUCGUCAAGCAACUAAAACUUUUGGGAAAAUUGGUAAAGGAAUGGAUAGUGUUGAAGAGGGGUGUAGAGAAGCAAUAGGUAAAUUUAAUCUUUGCAAUGUUGCUAAGGUAGUUAAAGAAUGCUUAUUAAGUAGAGAGAAAAAUAAUCAAGGUUCUUAUCAAACUCAGAUUAUUGCUUCUCCACUUUCUUCUCCUAAGUUAAAGAAAAGCAUGUCAAUAUCCCAAAAACUUCUAAUGAAAAUGGAAAUAUUCGAUGUCUUAUUAGAAAUGGAUUUUGGUAAGUUAUCUGCGAAUGAGAAUGAAAGAGCAAAUAUUUUACUUAAAAGUCAUUUUCACGGCGAAUUAGCCAAAAAAUAUUUAAAAGAGUAUAAAGAAAAAACUGCUAAGGAAUUUUCUAACAACUAA